GCCAAGGGAGCGAGUGGAAAGAGAAAAAAGAAGCGGGCCUAGGACUGAGCCCUGGGGAACUCCUGUGGCGAGGGGCCGAGGUGUCGAUACCGAACCAGCCCAGGCAACCUGGAAGGAGCGACCAGAGAGGUAGGACUCAAUCCAGUCCAGGGCUGUGCCACAGAUGCCCGUUGCUGACAGGGCAGACAGGAGGAUGGAGUGAUCCACAGUGUCGAAGGCAGCAGAGAGAUCUAGGAGAAUGAGGACAGAGGAGAGGGAGGCUGCUCGUGAGGCAUGGAGUGACUCACUGACGGAGAGGAGCGCAGUCUCUGUCGAGUGGCCCGAUCUGAAGCCAGACUGAUGGGGGUCUAGCAGGUUGUUGUUAGAAAAGAAAGAAGAAAGUUGAGUAGAAGCGGCUCGUUCUAUAGUUUUAGAAAGGAAAGGUAAAUCUCUAGUAAAGUGAGUAAAUCUCUACUCUGCUCUUGCUCUUCAGCCUGGCCUCCAUCCUGCUCCACACCUGCUGCAGCUAUGAGCAGAACGAGGAAGUUACUCCCACUCUCUCUGUUACGCAAUUUAUGAGAAACAAAACAAAAGUGUCAGUCAGUGUGAGCGUCAGUCAGUGUGAGCAGUGAAAUGGCUGAAGGUGGAAUUUUACUGGAUCAUGAACAGUUCAGCUGUGUGAUCUGUCUGGAUUUGCUUAAAGAUCCAGUGACUAUUCCCUGUGGACACAGUUACUGUCGGGGCUGUAUUAAGGGCUGCUGGAAUCAAGAUGAUCAUACUGGUGUCUACAGCUGUCCCCAGUGCAGAACGACCUUCACUCCGAGGCCUGUUCUGAGCAGAAACACUAUGCUGGCUGAAGUUGUUGAGAAACUGAAGAAGACAGGUCUCCAAGCUGCUCCUUCUGCUCUCUGUUACGCUGGACCUGGAGACGUGGUGUGUGAUGUCUGCACUGGGAGAAAGUGCAAAGCCGUCAAGUCCUGUCUGCUUUGUUUAGCAUCUUACUGUGAAACUCACCUCAAACUUCACAAUGAGCUCAACUCAGGAAAAACACAUAAUAUCAUCAAUGCUACUGGACAUCUGCAGGACAAUAUUUGCCCUCAACAUAAAAAACUGUUGGAGAUUUACUGUCGUACCGAUCAGCAGUGCAUCUGUCUGCUGUGUUUGAUCGAUGAACACAGAGGCCAUGAUAGUGUCUCAGCUGCAGUAGAAAGGACUGAGAAACAGAAGCAGCUGGGGGCGACACAGAGUGAAUUCCAGCAGAGACUCCAGGAGAGAGAGAAGGAGCUGCAGGAUCUGAGGCAGGCUGUGCAGUCAAUCAAGCGCUCUGCACAGACAGCAGUGGAGGACAGUGAGAGGAUCUUUACUGAGAUGAUCCGCUCCAUUGAGAGAAGGUGCUCUGAGGUGAAAGAGCUGAUCAGAGAUCAGGAGAAGGCUGAAGUGAGUCGGGCUGAAGGACUCCUGGAGCAACUGGAGCAGGAGAUUGCUGAGCUGAGGAGGAGAGACGCUGAGCUGGAGCAGCUUUCACACACAGAGGAUCACAUCCAUUUCCUCCAGAGUUGUCAGUCUCUCUGUGUCUCCCCUGAACCUGGAGACUUAACCAGCAUCACUGUCAGUCCGCAUCUCUCUUUUGAGGCUGUGAGGAAAUCGGUCUCUGGACUCAAAGAUCAACUUGAGGACGUCUGCAAGGUGGAACUGGCCAACAUUGCUGAAUCAGUGAAAGAAGCCCAUACUGUAGAGCCCAGGACCAGAGAGGAUUUCUUACAGUAUUCCUGUCAGCUCACAUUGGACCCCAACACAGCAAAUAAAUGCCUCCAUCUGUCUGAGGGGAACAGAGAGGUGACCUUUGCGAAUGAGAUCCAGUCAUAUCCUUAUCAUCCAGAGAGAUUUGAGGGAAAAGCCCAAGUGUUGUGCAAAGAGGGUGUGUCUGGACGCUGUUACUGGGAGGCUGAGUGGAGUGGGAUUGAUACAGUGUCAAUAGCAGUGUCAUAUAAACACAUCAGCAGGAAAGGAAAGGGUGUGGACUGUGCACUGGGAUGUAAUCACAAGUCCUGGAGACUGGCCUGCUCUUCCUCCAUGUACUCUUUCUGGCACAAUAACAAGGACACUGAAAUCCCUGUUUCACCCUCCAGAAUCGGAGUGUACCUGGAUCACAGGGCAGGAACUCUGUCCUUCUACAGUGUCUCUGACACCAUGACCCUCCUGCACAGAGUCCAGACCACAUUCACUCAGCCCCUCUAUCCUGGGUUUUGGUUUUCUCAUGGAUCCUCUGUUAAACUGUGUGAUCUCAUGGCUGAAGGUGGAAUUUUACUGGAUCAGGACCAGUUCAGCUGUGUGAUCUGUCUGGAUUUGCUGAAAGAUCCGGUGACUAUUCCCUGUGGACACAGUUACUGUCGGGGCUGUAUUAAGGGCUGCUGGAAUCAAGAUGAUCAUACUGGUGUCUACAGCUGUCCCCAGUGCAGAAUGGCCUUCACUCCCAGGCCUGUUCUGAGCAGAAACACUAUGCUGGCUGAAGUUCUGGAGAAACUGAAGAAGACAGGUCUCCAAGCUGCUCCUUCUGCUCUCUGUUACGCUGGACCUGGAGACGUGGUGUGUGAUGUCUGCACUGGGAGAAAGCGCAAAGCCGUCAAGUCCUGUCUGGUUUGUUUAGCAUCUUACUGUGAAACUCACCUCAAACUUCACAAUCAGCUCAACCCAGGAAACACACAUAAUAUCAUCAAUGCUACUGGACAUCUGCAGGACAAUAUUUGCCCUCAACAUAAAAAACUGUUGGAGAUUUACUGUCGUACCGAUCAGCAGUGCAUCUGUCUGCUGUGUGUGAUCGAUGAACACAAAGGCCAUGAUAGUGUCUCAGCUGUAGUAGAAAGGACUGAGAAACAGAAGCAGCUGGGGGCGACACAGACUAAAUUCCAGCAGAGACUCCAGGAGAGAGAUAAGGAGCUGCAGGAUCUGAGACAGGCUGUGCAGUCACUCAAGCGCUCUGCACAGACAGCAGUGGAGGACAGUGAGAGGAUCUUUACUGAGAUGAUCCGCUCUAUUGAGAGAAGGUGCUCUGAGGUGAAAGAGCUGAUCAGAGAUCAGGAGAAGGCUGAAGUGAGUCGGGCUGAAGGACUCCUGGAGCGACUGGAGCAGGAGAUUGCUGAGCUGAGGAGGAGAGACGCUGAGCUGGAGCAGCUUUCACACACAGAGGAUCACAUCCAUUUCCUCCAGAGUUGUCAGUCUCUCUGUGUCUCCCCUGAACCUGGAGACUUACCCAGCAUCACUGGCAGUCCACACGUCUCUUUUGAGGCUGUGAGGAAAUCUGUCUCUGGACUGAAAGAUCGAUUUGAGGACGUCUGCAAGGUGGAACUGGCCAACAUCUCCCACUCUGUCUCUGCAGUGAAAGAAGCCCAUACUGUAGAGCCCAGGACCAGAGAGGAUUUCUUACAGUAUUCCUGUCAGCUCACAUUGGACCCCAACACAGUGAAUAAAUGCCUCCAUCUGUCUGAGGGGAACAGAGAGGUGACCUAUGUGAAUGGGAUCCAGUCAUAUCCUAAUCAUCCAGAGAGAUUUGAGGGAAAAGCCCAAGUGCUGUGCAGAGAGGGUGUGUCUGGAUGCUGUUACUGGGAGGCUGAGUGGAGUGGGAGUGGUCAGGUUGGUAUAGCAGUGUCAUAUAAACAGAUCAGCAGGAAAGGAAAUGGUCUGGACUGUGCACUGGGAUUUAAUGACAAGUCCUGGAGACUGGCCUGCUCUCCCUCCAGAUACUCUUUCUGGCACAAUAAAAAGGACACUGAAAUCCCUUUUCCACCCUCCUCCAGAAUUGGAGUGUACCUGGAUCACAGGGCAGGAACUCUGUCCUUCUACAGUGUCUCUGACACCAUGACCCUCCUGCACAGAGUCCAGACCACAUUCACUCAGCCCCUCUAUCCUGGGUUUUGGUUUUCUUGUGGAUCCUCUGUAAAACUGUGUGAUCUGCCUGGCCUCCGUCUAGCUCCACACCUGCUGCAACUUGUGAGCCGUGAAAUGGCUGAAGGUGGAAUUUUACUGGAUCAGGACCAGUUCAGCUGUGCGAUCUGUCUGGAUUUGCUGGAAGAUCCAGUGACUAUUCCCUGUGGACACAGUUACUGUAGGGGCUGUAUUAAGGGCUGCUGGAAUCAAGAUGAUCAUACUUGUGUCUACAGCUGUCCCCAGUGCAGAACAACCUUCACUCCCAGGCCUGUCCUGGGCAGAAACACGAUGCUGGCUGACGUCGUGGAGAAACUGAAGAAGACAGGUCUCCAAGCUGCUCCUUCUGCUCUCUGUUAUGCUGGACCUGGAGACGUGGCGUGUGAUGUCUGCACUGGGAGAAAGCGCAAAGCCGUCAAGUCCUGUCUGCAGUGUCUGGCCUCUUACUGUGAAACUCACCUCAAACUUCACAAUGAGCUCAACCCGGGAAACACACAUAAUAUCAGCAAUGCUACUGGACAUCUGCAGGACAAUAUUUGCCCUCAACAUAAAAAACUGUUGGAGAUUUACUGUCGUACCGAUCAGCAGUGCAUCUGUCUGCUGUGUGUGAUCGAUGAACACAGAGGCCAUGAUACAGUCUCAGCUGAAGUAGAAAGGACUGAGAAGCAGAAGCAGCUGGGGGCGACACAGAGUCAGUUCCAGCAGAGACUCCAGGAGAGAGAGAAGGAGCUGCAGGAUCUGAGACAGGCUGUGCAGUCACUCAAGUGCUCUGCACAGACAGCAGUGGAGGACAGCGAGAGGAUCUUUACUGAGAUGAUCCGCUCCAUUGAGAGAAGGUGCUCUGAGGUGAAAGAGCUGAUCAGAGAUCAGGAGAAGGCUGAAGUGAGUCGGGCUGAAGGACUCUUGGAGCGACUGGAGCAGGAGAUUGUUGAGCUGAGGAGGAGAGACGCUGAGCUGGAGCAGCUUUCACACACUGAGGAUCACAUCCAUUUCCUCCAGAGCUGUCAGCCUCUCUGUGUCCCUCCUGAACUUGGAGACUUACCCAGCAUCACUGUCAGUCCACACGUCUCUUUUGAGGCUGUGAGGAAAUCUGUCUCUGGACUGAAAGAUCGACUUGAGGACGUCUGCAAGGUGGAACUGGCCAACAUUUCUGAAUCAGUGAAAGUAGCCCAUACUGUUGAGCCCAGGACCAGAGAAGAUUUCUUACAGUAUUCCUGUCAGCUCACACUGGACCCAAACACAGCAAAUAAAUACCUUUGUCUGUCUGAGAGGAAAAGAGAGGUGACCCGUAUGAAAGAGAUCCAGUCAUAUCCUGAUCAUCCAGAGAGAUUUGAGGGGAAAACCCAAGUGCUGUGCAGAGAGGGUGUGUCUGGAUGCUGUUACUGGGAGGCUGAGUGGAGUGGGAGUUAUACAGUGUCAAUAGCAGUGUCAUAUAAACACAUCAGCAGGAAGGGAAAGGGUAUGGACUGUACACUGGGAGGUAAUGACAAGUCCUGGACACUGGACUGCUCUCCCUCCACGUAUUCUUUCUGGCACAAUAACGAGGUCAUUAAAAUCCCUGCUCCCUCCUCCUCCAGAAUCGGAGUGUACCUGGAUCACAGGGCAGGAACUCUGUCCUUCUACAGUGUCUCUGACACCAUGACCCUCCUUCACAGAGUCCAGACCACAUUUACUCAGCCCCUCUAUCCUGGGUUUUGGAUUUCUCGUGCAUCCUCUGUAAAACUGUGUGAACUGGCACAGACAGCAGUGGAGGACAGUGAGAGGAUCUUUUCUGAGAUGAUCCGCUCCAUUGAGAGAAGGUGCUCUGAGAUGAAAGAGCUGAUCAGAGAUCAGGAGAAGGCUGAAGUGAGUCGGGCUGAAGGACUCCUGGAGCGACUGGAGCAGGAGAUUGCUGAGCUGAGGAGGAGAGACGCUGAGCUGGAGCAGCUUUCACACACAGAGGAUCACAUCCAUUUCCUCCAGAGCUGUCAGCCUCUUUGUGUCCCUCCUGAACUUGGAGACUUACCCAGCAUCACUGUCAGUCCACACGUCUCUUUUGAGGCUGUGAGGAAAUCUGUCUCUGGACUGAAAGAUCGACUUGAGGACGUCUGCAAGGUGGAACUGGCCAAAAUUUCUGAAUCAGUGAAAGUAGCCCAUAUUGUAGAGUCCAGGACCAGAGAGGAUUUCUUACAGUAUUCCUGUCAGCUCACACUGGACCCCAACACAGCAAAUACAUGCCUCCAUCUGUCUGAAGGGAAAAGAAAGGUGACCCGUGUGAAAGAGAGCCGGUCAUAUCCUGAUCUUCCAGAGAGAUUUGAGGGAAAAGCCCAAGUGCUGUGCAGAGAGGGUGUGUCUGGACGCUGUUACUGGGAGGCUGAGUGGAGUGGGGGUGGGGUUUUUAUAGCAGUGUCAUAUAAACAGAUCAGCAGGAAAGGAAAGGGUGUGGACUGUGCUCUGGGAGGUAAUGACAAGUCCUGGAGUUUGGACUGCUCUCCCUCCAGAUACUCUUUCUGGCACAAUAACAAGGACACUGAAAUCCCUGUUCCACCCUCCUCCAGAAUCGGAGUGUACCUGGAUCACAGGGCAGGAACUCUGUCCUUCUACAGUGUCUCUGACACCAUGACCCUCCUGCACAGAGUCCAGACCACAUUCACUCAGCCCCUCUAUCCUGGGUUUGCGUUGCCUCCUGCAUCCUCUGUAAAACUGUGUGAUCUGGCAUGAGGGGGAGAAAUUCAUAUUCAGCAGUCAUCAAAUCAAAAAGGGAAAUUCAUACCAAUACCAUAAAAAUAAUGUAACAGAAAUGUAAUUUUAUCAUUCAAAUUCAUGAACUAAAUGAAAUGUAAGAUCUUAUAUUCUUUCAGAAACAUUAAUUCUAUAUCACAAUGUUAAAAACAUUCUUAGGAGUUUUCAUGACCUGAAUUUGUAACUUGAAGAAUUGAUUCAUUCCAUCCAUUUUGCCUCUUUUUUCUGUGAAUUUCUUUGAUAUUAGUUAGAAUAUUAUUGACUGGAGUUUUGCUUUAUUUCUGUGAUGUUUGCUGUGGAAUGAUGAAUUGUUGGGUACAAUACAUAACAUUGCAUUGAAUUGAAAACAUUUUUUUAAUCCUCUUCAACAAAACCAUUUCUUUUUUGAUCAGGAUUGUACAAAAAUGUGAUAGACUCUGUUUAACUCUGUGCAGUUGUG